GAAACUAGCCCGGGAUCACAAUAUCCCGUCUGGAAGCGUCCGUGUUGGCAACCACCCGUUCGAUACGUGCACUUCUUCACUGAUUUUAAUAUUUUAAACAGUGCUACAAGAGUGCGACAAGAUGCCGAUGACAACGAACAGAACUUCCAAGUACACCUACCGUACGACGGGCGGAGGUCAAGCGGAUGUCAACAUCGAAUACACUGCCGACCUUAGUGCCCUUACGAGGCUCGAGGAUAAGCUCAGACUUCUGGCGGAAGAUCUGGAAGCCGAACGAGAGCUCAGGCAGCGGGUCGAAAGAGAAAAAGCUGACCUGAGCGUACAAGUAAUGACCUUGCAAGAGAGACUUGAAGAGGCCGAAGGCGGAGCUGAAAGUCAGUUCGAGGUCAAUAAGAAACGUGACACCGAAUUGACCAAGCUAAGGAAACUUUUGGAAGACGUCCAUCUUGAAUCGGAGGAGACUGCUCAUCUCCUAAGGAAAAAGCACCAGGAAGUUGUAGUCGACUUCCAAGAACAACUGGAUCAAGUUUCAAAAGCUAAAGCUAGGGCUGAGAAGGAAAAAGCUAAAUUUCAACAAGAAGUUUACGAACUACUUUCUCAAGUGGAAAACGCUAACAAGGAGAGAUUACUCAGUGUCAAGCACGUUGAAAAGUUGGAGGUGACCGUCCACGAACUCAACAUUCGCAUCGAAGAGCUCAACCGCACCGUGGUCGACAUCACAUCUCACAAGACCCGCCUCUCACAGGAGAACAUCGAGUUGACCAAAGAAGUCCAGGACUUGAAGGUCAACAUCGAAAACGUCACUUAUCUCAAGUCGCAGGUUGUCACCCAGCUCGAAGAUGCCCGCCGCCGAUUGGAAGACGAUGAAAGGAGGCGUUCUUCCCUCGAAGCUGCUCUUCACCAAGUCGAAAUCGAACUGGAAUCAGUCCGAGUUCAGCUCGAAGAAGAAGCCGAAGCCAGGCUCGACCUCGAAAGGCAAUUGGUAAAGGCCAACAGCGACUGCCUGACUUGGAAGUCCAAAUACGAUUCCGAGGCAUCUGCACGUCAGGAAGAAGUCGAAGAAUUGCGUAAGAAAUACACCAUCCGCCUUCAAGAACAAGAAGAGCACAUUGAAACCCUCGUUGUCAAGAUUAACAAUCUUGAAAAGCAAAAAUCUAGGCUUCAGAGUGAGGUUGAAGUUCUUAUCAUUGACCUCGAAAAGGCAAACACCACUGCUAGGGAAUUAUCAAAGAGGGUCGAGCAAGUCGAACGCAUCAACGUUGACCUUAAGACUCGUCUUGACGAGACGACGGUUGCUUUUGAACAAUGCCAGAGAGACUUGCGUAACCGCCUCACUGAGUUGCAGCGUGUCAACCAUGAGCUUGAAAAGACUAGGGAACAGAAGGACUCGCUCACAAGGGAGAACAAGAAACUAGCAGAUGAUCUCCAUGAUGCCAAGAACACCUUGGGUGAGAUGAACCGUAGACUGCAUGAGCUUGAACUUGAGCUUCGCAGGUUGGAAAAUGAAAGAGAAGAGCUCACAGCCGCUUACAAAGAAGCCGAGGCUGGCCGUAAAGCUGAGGAACAGAGGGUAAUGCGCCUCUCUGCCGAAUUUGGACAGUUCAGACAUGAAGCUGAAAAACGCUUGACUGAAAAAGAUGAGGAAAUUGAAACAAUCCGCAAGCAGACCAGCAUUGAAAUUGAACAGUUGAACGCCAGGGUAGCUGAAGCUGAAACUAAGCUUAAGACUGAAGUUAUCCGCAUCAAGAAGAAGCUGCAAGUACAGAUCACCGAGCUUGAACUAUCAUUGGAUGUUGCUAACAAGAACAAUCUUCAACUUCAACAAACCGUCAAGAAACAAUCUCUUCAACUAACUGAAUUGCAAGCUCACUAUGACGAAACUCAAAGACAACUGGCCGUCACCAUGGAUCAGUUGGCUAUAGCAACUCGCAAAGUUCAAUCUUUGACAGUCGAAUUGGAAGAGAUGAGAGGAAACUAUGACCAGGCCAUGAGACAGAAACGCUCUGUAGAACAGUUGUACGAAGAUUGCCAAAGCCGUGUCAACGAGCUCACAACAAUCAAUGUCAACCUUUCAGCCAGCCGUGCUAAAUUGGAACAGGAACUGUCCUCUCUUUCUUCUGAUUAUGAAGAAGUCACUAAGGAAUUAAGACUUUGCGACGAAAGAUAUCAGAAGGUACAAAUUGAACUCAAGCACAGCAUGGAAAUCGUACACGAAGAACAGGAACGUGUCAUUAAAAUUGAAACCAUCAAGAAAAGCUUGGAAAUUGAGGUCAAGAACUUGUCCGUCAGGUUAGAGGAAGUAGAGGCUAAUGCUAUUGUCGGAGGAAGGAGGGUUAUCAGCAAGCUCGAAGCUAGGAUCAGAGACUUGGAAUUAGAACUUGAUGAAGAGAAACGCAGGCAUGCCGAGUCUGUCAAACUUUUGAGAAAGAAAGAACGCUCGCUCAAAGAAAUGAUGAUCCAAUUUGAGGAAGACCACAAGAACGUCACCCUUCUUCAAGAGGCCCUUGACAAAAUGAGCCAGAAAGUUUCCAUCUACAAGAGACAACUACAAGAACAGGAGGGCGUUUCCCAACAGAGCGUAACCCGUGUACGCAGAUUCCAACGUGAACUUGAAGCCGCUGAGGACCGUGCCGACACCGCUGAAAGCAAUCUGUCACUCAUCCGUGCCAAACACCGCACUUUUGUCACUACAUCAUCAGUUCCUGGUUCUCAAGUCUAUCUUGUACAAGAAACCCGCACUACUGAAAAUUACUAAAAACAACGAACGAAUAUUUAUAUAUAUAAAUAUAUUAAAAAUCAAUUUAAAAAAAAAAAAAAAGAGAAGAGAGAAAUCCAAAACAUCUACGUUGAGAAAGUAAACAUCCAAAUUAGAUGUAUUUAUAAUGCUUUCAAUAAUUCAAAAGCUUGUUAUCAUCUAAAGGACAUUGUAGCACUUCGUGUAACUAAUAAAACAAACGGUAAUGUCUGAUAGAUUUACUUUUAUUACUUACACCAUAACUUUUCCAAACUACACUAUACAUUAAGGAAAAGUAGUUUUUUUUUUAAUUUAUUCACUUUGUGUUAUUUUGGUGAAACAAAAAUAUAUGUCCAGUUUUAAAUAAGGGUAUUAUUAAUUUUGAGCCAUACAAAACGCCUAUCAAUAUGACUUAAUUUAUGUAAAUGUUAACACUGCAUUUUAAAAGUGUAACAUAACAUAUUCUUUUACAAUAAUAAAAUAUAAUUUUUCCAUA